GUCCGCCCAAAAAAAAAACAAACCGCAUCUCUAUCAUUUACGAAAAAUUACUGAUAUUCAGCGGUCAGUGCCGGUUCAGCUGUUGGACAGUAUACUUCCACCAUGUAUCAGUUUCUACUAGUUUUAUUCGUGUCAAUUAGUUUAGGUAGCGCAGCUAACAUAUUGUAUAUCCAUGGAGUUGCAUCGCCAAGCCAUUUUAUUUGGCACCGUACGCUUAUGUACGGCUUGGCGGCGAAGGGUCACAAUGUGACGGCAUUGAGCGUAGACGUUGAGAAACCACCCGCGAACGUAACCUUCAUCAAAUUAGAAGGAGUAUACGAAGCUUUCGACGAGGAGGAAACGGAAUUGCAUGAUUUCUUCUCUAUGGCAGGGAUGAAUCCGUUUGCAAUGCAGUCGAUGUUCAACGAAUACGUUAUUUCAGGUUGUACAUUUUCGCUGAGGACGAAAGGAUUACGACAGAUUUUAGAUUAUCCGGACAAUUUCAAGUUUGAUUUAAUCAUUCACGACUAUCUCCAAGGACCAUGCUUGUCUGCACUCGUACACUAUAAAUUUGGUCGUCCUCCGGUUAUUGCUGCGACGGGAUUCCACGGCUUGACAACAACAACUCCUAUGUCAGGUGCCUAUUCAUAUUCGGGUAUGGUUCCAAAUCACGAAUACGAUGCACCAGAACGCAUGACGUACUGUCAAAGAUUCGUGAAUUUUCUGAGUAAUCACUGGGAGGAACUUACAUGGCGAUAUAAGGUAACACCAGCGGUGGACAAGCUAAUCCGACAAGUGAUACCCGAUAUCCCCGACGUCCGGUUAUUCGAAAAGGACACCCGUAUCAUUUUGCUCAAUUCUAAUCCGAUCAUUCAAUAUUCGGAACCAUCAAUGCCUAACGUAAUAUCGGUCGGUGGAAUGCAAAUAAUCAAACCGAAAAAACUACCGGAAGAUAUUCAGAGUGUAGUGGAAAAGUCUCCAAAUGGGGCAAUUUUGUUCUCGUUGGGAACCAAUCUUCGCAGUGAUUUAUUAGGAAAAGAACGAAUAAUUGAAAUCUUGAGUGCGAUGAAGCAAUUUCCGCAGUAUCAAUUUUUGUGGAAAUUCGAAUCUGAUUCUAUGCCCGUGGAGGUACCCGAAAAUGUUUACAUUCGAAAGUGGAUGCCUCAGAAUGAUUUGCUCGCGCAUGCUAAUGUAAAGUUGUUCAUUACUCACAGUGGUCUUUUGAGUACCCAGGAAGCAGUUUGGCACGGAGUUCCCAUGAUAGGAUUUCCAGUGUUUGCUGAUCAAAACCGUAAUAUAAACUACUGCUCCGAGCAGGGCGUGGGGAAACGUUUAUCAAUUAUUAACGUCAACCGAAAAGAGCUGGCCGAUGCUAUUCGGGAGGUAAUGACGGAUAAGAGGUACCGCGAUAAUAUGGCUCAACUGUCAAAAAUUUUCCGAGAUCAGAAAGAGCAUCCCCUGGAUCGUGCCAUUUGGUGGGUGGAAUGGGUACUUCGCAAUCCCGAUAGCCGUAUUCUGCAAUCGAAUGCCGUCAAUUUGAGCUGGGCUGCGAAGUAUUCGUUCGAUGUGAUUGUGCCGCUCGUGUUGUUGCUGGUGGCAGUUCCAACUGUUGUGUGCAAACUGAUAAAGAAAGUAUUAUGUAAGAAAAGCAAACUGGUGAAAUCGAAACAUGAGUAAAGUGCAGUUCGAAGCUGCUGGA